CCUGGGUGCUGACAUUCCCUCCAAUUGCAAAGGUGUUCGUUUACGGCAGCAUAAUCUGUCACACGUCUGCAAAGUACCUUACUCGCAAGACAACUGAAUGCUUGGUCCACUCUCUCGUAUCUUCUCGACUGGACUUUGCUAACGCUUUCCUGAAUCAUUUGGUACUAUUGCAAGAUAUACGAGUUGGUGUGUGAAAGCCAAGCAGCCGCAAGUUUUCUGCAGUCUGUGUACUUUGGCGGGCUUCUAUGUGGCUCGUUUUUCUUCGGUUCUGUUGCAGAUUGGAUUGGACGCAAGCCAACCAUCUACAUUGGUGCAUCUUUGUUUCUCCUUGGCGGUCUUGCAAACAUAGCUUCUCCCUAUGCAGCUGUAUAUCUAGUUUUAAGGUUUAUUGUAGCUGCUGGUGGAAUGGGAGCUUAUCUUGUUGCAUAUGUGCUAGUAACCGAGUAUGUGGGCACAAGUAGACGUGUUUUAGUUGGUAUCUCAAUUCAGUUCUUCUUCGCCACUGGAUUGACUCUCCUCCCGCUAUUGGCCUACCUCAUUCGCACUUGGAGACUUCUUCAACUUUGUAUAGCAGCACCAACAGCCCUUUACUUCUUACUUUACUUCCACAUGCCUGAGUCUGCCCGAUGGCAAGUCUCUAAAGGAAGAUACCGACAAGCUGAAACAACACUCCGACAAAUCGCUAAAGUUAACAAGAAAGACUUCCCUGAAGAUGCAUUUUCACCCCAAGCUAUAAAAGCUGCAAGAGAACAAUCGACGGUAGGAGGACAGCAAACAGCAGCUGGACUUUUUAAAACUCCAAACAUGCGUGCUAAAACAUUGAAUCUGAUGUUUAACUGGUUCGUAAACAGUAUGGUUUAUUAUGGAUUAGGUCUAAGCACGUCUAAUCUUGGUGUUGAUGACUACUUGGCCUCUGUCAUUUCGGGUGUUAUUGAGUUUCCAUCCUAUGUGUAUUGUAUUACUGCUAUGCAAUAUGUAGGCCGACGCAUCAAUCUGAGUGGAAACAUGCUGGUUGGUGGUGUAGCGUGUGUCAUUACUGCUUUCAUGGAUAUGGGGACAGCGCGGACAAUAAUCGCGAUGAUCGGCAAGUUUUGCAUUGCAGCUUCGUUUGCGAUCAUUUUUGUUGUCUCGGGUGAAAUUUACCCAACGCCCGUCAGGAGUGCUGGAAUGGGAAUAUCUUCCACUGCAGCUCGUAUUGCUGGUAUCCUGUCCCCGUUCAUGCUGGAGUUGGGGUCCUUGUGGGAACCACUCCCCUUUAUCUUAUUUGGAGGGCUCUCAAUCGCUGCUGGUUUACUCGCCCUUCUGCUUCCGGAGACAAAAGAUAAAAUACUCCCGGAAACAUUGGAAGAAGGAGAAGCAUUUGGAAAGCCCAAAUGCAUGGGAGACGGCAAAGAAAUCGACAACGACGUCGAUAUGUUGGUCAUUCAACCUACCACCAAGCAGGGUGAAAACAACAACGCUUACGAAUCGGAAAAACAGUAGCAACAAUGUCAUCCAUUUAAAUACAACAGUAGGAAAAUCCAAACACUUGGAGAAAGGUGAAAAAUAUUAUACAUUUUCCCGUCGAGUAAUUUGAGCAAAAAUUCAUUUGAUUUCACCAACACGAUGCCUAUUUAUAUUCUUGUUUCCCCCAUUGCCCCAAACUAUAGGGUCUAUUUUAGUUAUUUUAUGCGUUACAUGUAUUUCGUUUUCGUGCAAGCGUCAUUUCGUUUUUCAGACUCGUUUUAGUCACCCUGCUUCACUAGACGUUUAAAGGCCGCGCAUGGACACUAUUCAUGCUAUUGGUAAAUACUCAAAAUAGUUACCAGCAUACAACCUCAAUUGGUAACGAGUAACGGAGAGCUGUUGAUA